AGUCAUACAAAAAUACGAUAAAGCUACCAUCACAGAGGCCAAGACUUUACAAGAACGAUUUUGGCAAGAGUAUGUUGAACCUGUCGAGUCGUCUAUGACGUCAUCUAUGGCUCCAGGAGCCUUGGAUGACGCUGGUCUACUUCCAUUGGAACAGGGUGUACUAACAGAAAACUGUGGAGUAAGCUUCGUCGUGGUGAUUACAAAAAGCGAUUUGUGUAACGAAAUGACUGAUCAGCAAGCCGAUCGCAUUCUUGUGCAAGUACGACGACUGUGUCUUCAGCUUGGCGCUGCUUUGAUCUACACGAGUGCUAAGAAUGUGAAGAACAUCCAGGUUCUUUACAAAUACGUCGUACAUCGAGCUUUUGGAUUUCCAUUCACAAGCACUGCUCAGCUGAUCGAAAGAGACUCGGUGUUUGUGCCAGCUGGUUGGGAUGGAGAAAAGAAAAUCGAGAUUGUGAAGGAAGGUCUACCUGAUGCGGACGGUAUUCUGGAACCAACCAGAGAAAAGCCAAUACUGCUUAGAGAGCAAGUAAUCGAAGCAGAAGAUGAACAGGUAUUCCUUCAACGUCUCGCCGCAGCUGAAAGUGCUGCACCUGCAGCACAAAAGAAAGCUAGUAUUUUGGAUGAUGCCACGGACAACAAAACUCCACUGUCCAGCUUCUUCUCAAACCUUCUGAAAGAUAAGCCAAACGUUGUGAAAACCUCUGCACCACCAGUUGAUAGCGCUGCCCAAUUGGAUCGUAUCCUGAAAAGUACCACCGGACAACAAAGCCAAGGCCCUAAUGAGAGUUCUGCAUGA